UGCCCUCGUCUUUCUCCGUCUCUCAGUCUCCCUCCAGCACAGACACAGAGAUCACAACCGCACUAGCAAACGACGUCGUAAACAAGCCAAACAGGAUGGUGUUCCUCCACCAGCAAAUCCCUUCACGCAAGCGACCGGCCUCCUCUUCUUUCGUCCCUCCUUUGCCUCCCCCAAAAUCUUCCAAACCCUACACCACCAAUCCGACCCCAAACGACGUCGUCGAGACCCCAGCCAUCGACAAAAUGGCCUCUAUACUCGCCGACGCUGGCUGCACCCUCCUCAACCACUCGGGCCCACCGUGCCUCCCUUCGGACCCACACCAGCUCCGCCGCCACCUCCACCGCACUUUCUCCUCUUCCGAAAAUGCCCCUGCUCUUCUCUCUGAUUUCCUCUCCGGCCUCUCCACUUACAUCAACUCCUCCAAAAACCUCCGCAGGAUUCUCACCGCCUCAGGCAGAAGCGAGAGCUUAGUCCGACACCUACUGCUGGUCCCCUCCAUCCAAUUACAGAUUCAGAACAUGCUUCUCGAGAAGCUUCCAGAGUAUUUCCAUGUAUAUCCGGAACAUUCCGGUCCAUCGCUGUCUCUUGAAGACGACAUCGCUAGGCUUAUCAUCAAUCACUUCCGGUGGCUCGAUUUCAUUGUCGAUCCAAAUGCCUUGGCCGAGAAAUUGAUGCUGGUUCUUUCAAUUUGCCCUCUGCAUUUGAAGAAAGAGAUCAUCGGAUCGUUGCCGGAGAUCAUCGGAGAUCAGAAUAACCAGACUGUGGUUCGAUCUCUUGAGAAAUUGCUCCAGGAAGACUCGGCUGUUGUUGUGCCUGUGCUUGACUCCUUUUCGAAUCUUAAUUUGGAUCCUCUGUUGCAAGAGCAGGUAAUCACCAUAGCAUUGUCAUGCAUCAGAACAAUCGAUGCGGAGCACAUGCCUCAUCUGCUUAGGUUUUUACUGCUUUCAGCGACACUGUCAAAUGCACGGAGAAUAAUCUCACAGAUCCGUCAGCAGUUAAAAUUUGUUGGAGUUUCAAAUUAUCGUACAUCAGAAAAGAGUAAACUCAAAGGGAAGUCGCGCGAGGACAACACAGAGGCUUCAAUUCUUGAUGCGUUGAGAUCAAGUCUUCGAUUUAAGAAUAUACUAUGUCAGGAGAUUUUGAAAGAGUUAAACAGUCUUGAGAAACCUCAGGAUCACAAAGUCAUUGAUAUAUGGCUACUUAUGCUGAUAUACAUGAAUGGUGAAACCCUGCAAAGGAGCAUUGAAAAGGUAUUCAAGAAGAAAAUUAUUGAAGAUUGCAUUCAGGAAGCUAUGUUUGAUCAAUGCAUUCAUGGACACAAGGAGCUGGUACAGGAUUACUUUCUAUCUUUCAUUUCUUUGUCUGAGUACCUGUUGGCUUGCAAAGAGCCAAAAGCCCGGGAGUUUGGCAUCCAUAUGUAUGUUUGUCUCUUUGAGGAGUUUGCUGAUACUUAUUCAAGACAGGAAGUUCUUGGUUCGCUGGUUACCCAUGUGGGCUCAAGUGUGGGUUUUGAAGUCAGUUCUGCUUUAGAGACAAUGGCUUUGCUGGCCUCCAAAUAUUCACAGCAAUUAAUUCCUCUUUCUUCUCAUAUUAAUGGUAUCCUUGAUUACUUAGAGGGAUUUAGCGUUGAAAAUUUGCACAAGGUCUACGAGAUUUUUGGCCAUCUGGCACUUUUGGCUCGGUCUAGUGCAGAUUCAUAUGGUUCUUCCUUUGCAAAUGAACUUUUGAUGAUAGUACGGAAGCAGGUCAGUCAUCCAGAGCUGAAUUACAAGAAGAUGGGCCUUGUCGGAACUCUGAAGAUAGUUUCCUGUCUAGGAGAUGCAACUGAUGUUACCUGUACAUCCUCAUCUCAAAAAUCAAAUUGUGAUGAGGCUUUGGAACUCUUGAAAAUAGCUUUGGACUCUUGCAAACAGUUGCCCUUACCUUUGAUCAUGUUUUAUGACGAACUGACUGAAAUGAUGGAUUAUAAAACACUUCAUCCAACAGUUAUGGAAUGGAUUGGGAAACAUGUCGGAGAGUUUGAACCUCUGUUUCUGUCUGAUCUUGAUGGUGGGAAUUUGGCUGUUAAGGACUCGUACUGUGGUUUAGAAGGGGAGAUGUGGAUGAACUUGGAUGGUGAUAUAUCACCAAUAUGUCUAAACAUUUUGCCAUUAGCUUCCUCUUCAUCACAGUCUGCUUCUUCUUUACAAGUGCUUCCUGCUAACUUCCUUUUAUUAUCUGCAAUUGAAAGGCUGACGAAUCAAGGAUCCCUUGGUGGAAUUGAUGCACUACUUGGCUGCCCUUUGCACCUGCCUUCUUCUAAGUAUUUCUUUGGAUCUGAGUGGAAGUCUCUGACAGGGAAGCAGAAACAGAUUUUGUGUGCCUCCCUAUAUUAUGCUGCCAAUUGGAUACGGGAGCUACUCAAUGCCUUCUGUACACAAGUUACUGGAAUAUUUGAAUUUACAAGCCAGGCUACAAAGGAGGAUAUAAUUUCCAAGCUAUUGAAGCGUUUGAGGAACCUUCUAUUUUUGGAAAGCUUGUUAAACAAUUGCAUUGGGAGGUACUCUCUAUCUCUUCCUGAACUUCAUCCUUAUGUGGAUGUCUACCGUUCUUCUGCAUUAAACCAACCUCACCGUAUGGGGCACAUUGAAAAGAAACUUGACCAUAAGAAAAAACAUGAGGAAACCUCUCCAAGUGGCACAAGGACAAAUAAAAAGACCUCAAAGGAAACAACAUCAGAUACCAACCGGAAUCUCCGGCAGCCUACAUUAUUGGAUGUCUUAGAGAAAGCGGGAGUUCUACCAGGCCAAGAUGUGCCAAAUGAGGAUUCUUCUGGUUUAUCUACAAAGGGAAGGUCAUAUGAGUCAUCAGAGAAAAAUUCCCAUGACUCUGACGAGGCGCCCUCUAUAGAAAUUUCUGCUGUUGGCAAGGCUAUCGAAGCUCAGAGGAUUAAUUUCAGACCCCUCCUAGUUCAUUGUUAUGCCAUUUUGACAUUUUCAAAGAGUGAAGCCUCCUGUUGUAUCGAUGCUGCUGCUGAGUUACCCCUAUAUCUGUACCUUCUGCGUGAUCUUCACUACAAGCUGGAUUUCUUCACUCCUGGAAAACAAUUGUGGGGUAGAUGCUUGAGUGCUCCAGUUGGGUUCACCAGGUUGACGGUAGAUGGAUUUUUGAGCAACCACUCUUUCCAAGUAUUAAGAGGGGAUGAAGCUUGUGAAGAACAUUGGAAUAUUCAAUCUACUUUUGCCAGAAAUCCAAAUAUUCCCAAUCUUGUACUUUCAAAAUCUGCAGUUUCUACUUCAGUAUUCAAAGAAGUGCUUCAUUGCUUCAGUGUGAUAUUAAACCUUGCUGGUAUUCAGACAGACAAGUCAGCUCUCUCAUGUCUGCUAGAAGCAUUCCAGCCUACAGAGAUUCCAGAUAGCUUAAUGGCAGACAUACAACCUAAGCUUUCUCCUGGGUCUACAGAGUAUUUAUAUUUGGGUGCUUAUGCAUUUUUUGAAGGUGUCUUGGACAUAGCAUGCUCUUUCUCCUUUAUGCUGGCUUCAGAAUCACUUUUUACUCUAGAAUCGGUUGUAACCUCAAUCCAGAAAUUCAUCAGUAAGUUGGAGGGAAAUAGUAAAAACGUGCACUCAGAAUUUAUCCGGGAAGCUCUUCCAACUUUGCGCAGCAAACUUGGUAUUUCUGCUCAGAAUAUUUUAAGGCAUAGUUGGGAUAAUGAAAAUCUUGAGAAUGGUUGGAAGAGAAAAGGAGAAACAGUACAGAGAAUAUUGCGCAUCUACCUGGACAGUAGCAACUCAACUUCUGACCUGCUGGAUAAGCUAGCCUGCUCUAUUUUGCCUCAGGCUUUAUGCGAACAAAUUGGAGAAGAUGAUCAUCAUGGUUUCCCAUCUCUAAGUUCUGGAACAUUUGUUGUGUGGUACAAGAUACUGCAUGAAGAGAAUCUUUCUGUUCUUAACAAAUUGGUGAGCUCUGUUCUACUAAAGAAAACCAGUACUCGUGCUCAACCUGAAACUAUUGAAAAACUUCUAAGCAAGCUACAACAGUCUGUAAAUGUGGUUGUGUCAUUAGUUACCCUUUGUAAAACUUGUGCCAAGGUGACUCUGCAUGCCAUGGCUGUUGGUUAUGGAGGGAAGUUUGUUGAUUCCUUCCUGAAAGUUUUUGACUUCUUAGAGUCCCACUUUCAAGUUCACAAUGAGCAUAUAAUCCACUUGGGCUUGAGACAAACAAGUAUAACCAGAAAAAUUCCUGCUACAAAGAGAUCUAUGGAACGCUUUUUAUUCUGUGUGAAAGCUCUUCUCCAUACAACAUCAAAUGGUUCUUCCUUCUGGAUGGGCAACCUGAAGCAUAAAGACUUGAAAGGUCAGGUGGUGAGUUCCCAAGUGUAUGUGGAUUCUGAAGAUGACCACGUUGAUGAAGAGCCAGCCGAAGUCGCUGAUGAAGAGCCAGCCGAAGCUGCUGAUGAGGAGCCAGCCGAAGCUGGUGGUGAAGAGCCAGCCGAAGCUUCUGGUGAAGAGCCAGCCGAAGCUUCUGAUGAAGAGCAAGCCGAAGCUGCUGAUGAUUAUCCACCUGUUAGUGUUGCUAGUGAAGAGGACAGAGAUACAGAAUGA